AGACACUCUCUCUACUGCACAGCUUUUCCAAGUGGGCCUUCCUUACCAUCUACUUUCCAUAAUUCCAUGGCUGAUCUGCUCGAUGCCCUUGGCUUUUGGGUUUAGUGUAUGGUUCUCUCUGAAGCCCUGAAUAAGACAUUUGAAGGCCACGGUAUACACAGUUCGUGUCUUUGUGUGGUAGCUCUUUGGUAAUUCAAACCUGAGUUUUGACACUCAGAUGGGUGAACCUGUAGUAGAUGUAUCCAGAGAUGGAGAUAAGUUAAUAUAUGAACAGAUGGGAGAGAAAGCUUCCUCGAAACCUGACUUGGAAGUGUCGGUUUCAUUCGGUAGGUUUGAGAAUGAUUCACUGUCUUGGGAGAAAUGGUCAGCUUUCUCGCCCAAUAAGUACUUGGAAGAAGUCGAGAAGUUUGCAACACCCGGAUCAGUAGCUGAGAAGAAGGCCUACUUCGAAGCUCAUUACAAGAAGAUUGCUGCUCGCAGAGCUGAGCUAAUGGAUGAAGCAAAUCAAAUGGACAAUGAUCCGUUGAGGUCAGAAAAUCAAAAUGUUGGAGAUCUGACCGGUAAUGUUAGUAGUGCCGGUUCUGAAUUUGAUCCCUCUAAUAGCCACAGUCCCACAGAAGAAGUUGUUAAGCAAGAAACCAAGUUGAUCAGUGAGGUGAUUAGCACCCAUGUGGCUGAUCUGAAGGAGGAUGCUGCAAUCAGUACAGAAAGUCAAAGGUCAUUAUCUGAGGGAGUGGAAGAAGAAAUGGGUAGCACGGUAGAUAGCCCCGAGUCAAGCAAACCAGAAAAGGCCGUUUUGGUAAAAGAAGAAGAAGAAAAAGAAACUGCUUUGGUUGAAUCUCAAGACACGAAGGAAAUUUCGCACAAUUGGGAUAAUGCGAUAGGAAAUGCUCCAAAAGUUAAAGAGGAAAAAGCGAAGUUGGACCAUCCAAAGGAAUCUAAGAAGGUUCCUCCAGUGAGUAAGGAGAGAAACGUGACAAGGGUAAAGAAGAAACCAGUAUCACCUGUAACUAAGGCAUCACACCUUUCCACCCCUAAAGUGUCAAAGCCUACACCAACUUCCACUGCAUUAUCUGCAUCACGAUCUUCAACAAAGAAGGGAACUGAUUCAUCCUUACCAAGGAGAAAAAAUUCUUCUAUUGGUGAAAGCAAGAAAGUUGCUCCCAAGUCUCUGUACAUGUCCCUUAGCUUGGAUCCUACAAAUUCUGAUCCAACUUCGCUUACCACCACUCGAAAAUCCUUCAUUAUGGAGAAAAUGGGGGACAAGGACAUUGUCAAACGAGCAUUUAAGACAUUCGAAAAAAGUUUCAACCAGCUGAAAUCUUCUGGUGAAGAGAGAUCUUCAGUACCAAAACAGGUGCCUGCAAAGGGGACGGGGCCAAAGGUUCCCACUUCUAUGACUUCACGAAAAGAGAAUGGAGGGUCACUAAAAGCAGGUAGUGUGGAUAAAAGAAGUGCUAAGGCGGUCCCUUCUUCUUAUGGCUUGAAAAGCGAUGAAAGGACAAAGAAAACAAAGGAGUUUUCAAAGAAAUUGGAGGAAAAACCAAAUGCUAAAGAGGCAGUGAGCACUGGUCUUCAAUCAAAAUCAAAGGAACAAAAAGAGGGAGAGAUCAGAAAGUUAAGGCAGAGCCUUAAUUUCAAAGCCACACCCGUGCCAGGCUUUUAUCGGGGACUAAAAAUGUCAAAAAGCACUUCAGAUAAGGAAGUUUCCAAAAAUGAGGUUCAUCAGUGAGCAAUGUUCUUUGGCUAGGGACUCAUACAUCACGUUCUAAGAAAUACAUCUGCUUCAAAAGCUAAAUACUUAGGUAGAGACAGAAGAUAUAUUUGAAGGAAUUGCUUCUCAGUGUGGACUCGUGCCAUAAUAUAUGACUUAGCCAACAAGCAAUUAGUCACUGAGGAGCUGCAGACAGUAUUUCUGAAUGGGUAGAAGAGACAACCCAUAUCAUCUGGCUAGGUAGGGCAAAAAGAAGAGGUUGGGACAGCUGCUAUCUUCCAUUGACAACUUAUUACUCCUCUCUCGCAAACCAAAUAUAGAUAAAGCAAAAGAAGAAAAUGCUGUGUAUAAAGUGUCAAACUGUUAGAAAUGCAUUAAUUCUUGUAGUUGGUUGCCAUUCUAUUGUUCUGGCACUCUUCAUUCAGUUAUUGUGUUGAAAGUAUAUGAUGUUUGAUCCUUAUUAUAUGGACUACAUGAACCGUUGAAGUUUGAUUAAGAUUAUAUAUUGCUCAUGUAGCACAUGGUGGAAUGACCGAACUUUCUGUUGGAA